CGCCAUCACUUGCAUGCUGAAGGAAGCAGCAAAUGAUGGGUCGAUCAACAAAAACAGAGGGGCUGCAUAUAGUGCACCGUCUAAUUUUAGACAAGUGACACUGUCCCGGACUUAAGCCCCUCGUUCCGGGGGAUCUCGUUGGGAUCAUCACUGUAAUCGCAGCACGUUGUAGGACCCGGUAAAGCUCCCAACGAAGCUGACCAACAGCGACAUUUCCACGAGAGUGAUGACGACCUAGUUCAACAUUUCAAACACGAAGCAACUCCGACUUCAAUGCACCGCCCAAACGACCUUUCGAGCCCAUUCCGUACAGAGAAUAAUCCCUGUGUUUCCGAGGUCCGUGUGAAAGCACGGUAGACGACCUCAACAAGUUGAGGUCGAUGCCGCCUCAACCUCUCUCAUCCCGCUCGCCACCACCACCGAACGCAUCCGGGAGCGCUCUUGGGCACGCGUCGAGGCGCACUUCCGACGGCAGCUCCGCCCACAAACGAGGACCCUCGGAGACCCGACCGUCUCAACCCGAAGCUAAACGCGCGAAGAUGAGCACGGCGCUGGGGAAACGUCCCGCCUUGGUCGACCUGACCAAGCCUCGAUCCGGAUACCGACCUCAGAGUGGCGUCAGGAAGCUCGUCAUUAAGAAUUUGCGCAACCCCUCCCGAGAGAGCGACCUCGAGAAAUACUACCAGGACACAUGGAACGAGUUGGAAGACGCCUUGCACGCCAUCUGUGCGCGGCGGCAACCCACCCAGCCCUUCGAGCGCCUCUACAGGGGAGUCGAGGACAUCUGCCGCCAUGGCGAGUCCAAAAACGUCUACGAGUUUUUGCGGAAAGGUUGCGAGGGAUAUCUCAAUGAGCGCCUGGCCAAGGAUGUCCAGGCAGAGGCAGGGUCGGCUAAUGUCGCCGUCGAUGUGUUACGGAGCGUUCACAAGCACUGGAUCAUAUGGAACCAACAAUCGGCAACCAUUCGGUCGACCUUCAGCUACCUCGAUCGGUCAUAUCUUCUGAACUCCAAGGAUCACCCACAGAUCAACGACAUGGCAAUAUACUUGUUCAAGAAAAUGGUCUUCGUUGCCAACAACUACGGUUCUUCGGUAAUACAAGGCAUGUGUGACUUGAUCGAGUACGAUAGAAGGGGCGACGGCAGGUUUGAUGCCAAUCUGUUGCGGGAUUCUAUAUCCAUGCUACACGUAUUGAACGUGUACGGAAAGUCAUUCGAGCGACGCUUCUUGGACAGUUCCAAUGCGUACUUCCAGGAAUUCGCCGAGGAAAAGAGUACAUCAUCACUGAAGUAUUACAUAUUGGCGUGCGAACGGCUCCUGGCGACAGAAGACCACCGGUGCAACGCCUACAACUUUGACAGCACAACCAAGAGGCAAUUGAUGGAUGACGCCCACACCGUACUCAUUGGCAACUACUCCGGCAAGCUUCUCGACAGUGGUGAAGUUGGGAAACUACUGGACAGCAAUGCCAUCGAAUCCAUGAAGGCGCUGUACGACCUGCUACGUUUGUCAGGCAUUCAAAAGAGACUUAAGGACCCGUGGGAAGACUACAUCAGAGAAGCAGGCGCGAGGAUCGUGAAUGACACAUUGAAGGGUGAUGAAAUGGUCGUCGGGCUACUUUUAUUCCGGCGGGCGUUGGACAUCAUGGUUCGAGAUGCCUUCAACGAGGACGAUGAUUUCACAUAUGGGCUUAGGGAAGCGUUUGGCAACUUCAUCAACGACAAGAAGAUUCUGUCGUCAUGGAAGACCGGCACAUCCAAAGUUGGCGAGAUGAUCGCCAAACAUAUCGACUUGCUCCUCCGAGGAGGGCUGAAGACGAUACCGAGCUCGCUACUUUCCGAUAAUAAAGACCGCGCUGCCGCCGAAAAGAGUGGUCAAGCCAGCACUGGUGACGAAGAUGCGGAGCUUGACAGACAACUGGAUCAAGCCCUCGAACUCUUCAGAUUCAUCGAAGGGAAGGACGUGUUCGAGGCGUUCUACAAGCAAGACCUGGCACGCCGCUUACUAAUGGGCCGGAGCGCCAGCGCGGACGCCGAGAGGAGUAUGCUGGCAAAGCUGAAGAGCGAAUGCGGUUCCAGCUUUACGCACAACCUCGAGCAGAUGUUCAAGGACCAGGAGCUUGGACGUGAUGAAAUGAACGCCUACAAGCAAUGGCGCGAGGGCACCGGCAAGAACAAGUCCAGUGUAGAUCUGGUGGUGAACAUUUUGUCGGCGUCGGCUUGGCCGAGUUACCCCGACUCGCGGGUCUUUCUGCCUGCGGAGGUUGCGAAACAGAUCGAAACAUUUGACAAGUUCUACACCACUAAACAUACUGGGCGGCGCUUGGCUUGGAAGCACUCACUAGCUCACUGCGUGGUAAAGGCGCAGUUCAACAAGGGACCGAAGGAACUGCUUGUCAGCGCAUAUCAAGCCAUCGUUCUGACCUUGUUCAACCAAAUUGACGAUAAGCCUGACGGUUUCCUCGCUUACUCACAGAUUGAAGAACACUCCGGCUUGAGUGGGCCAGAUUUGGACCGGACCCUUCAGUCUCUGGCCUGCGGCAAAGUCCGAGUCCUCUCAAAACACCCGAAGAGUAGAGACGUCAAACCGAAUGACACUUUUACCGUCAACAGGUCGUUGACGGACCCCAAAUACCGCAUCAAGAUCAACCAGAUUCAGCUCAAGGAAACCAAGGAGGAGAACGAAGACACCCACAAGAAGGUCGCGGCCGACCGGCAAUUCGAGACGCAGGCCGCCAUCGUUCGCAUCAUGAAGAGUCGUAAAAGUAUGACGCAUGCGGAACUCGUGUCGGAGGUGAUCGAUUCGACUAAAAGUCGAGGUGCGGUGGAACUGCCGGAGAUCAAGAAGAAUAUCGAGAAGCUGAUCGAGAAGGAUUAUCUAGAAAGAGAGGGCGGUAAAUACGUGUACCUGGCAUAGCCUGAUGCCUUCCUUGUAGGGGAGUCAUAAGGGAGCUCUUGACUACGAUUGUAUAUUCAUAAGAAGCUGCAAUAGAUAGGCCCUUGGCAGGUGGAGGGAGACUCUGUGCGCGUUGGGUGAGAAUCAGGUCACAAGCCCAACCUCAGACAUGCUUAAAUGCUGACGACGAACAAAUGAAUGAAUUCAAUAGCGAAUUGUAAU